AAAGAAGAUUUCCUUCCUAGAUAAGAUAUUAUUUAACUAUAAAUUGUUGCAUUUUGGAUCACUGCAACUCAGAUUCAGUCAGUAAACCGAAUUCAAACAAACAUGAAGGUCCUUGCUUUGAUCUUAGCAGCUGUAGCCCUUUGCUCCGCCACCCCCCGUGAGGAUGGUCCAGGAUGCCGUGCCCCAAAUGGUGGUGGUCUUGUUCCAGUCCUUGAAGAAUUCAUUGAUAUGGUCCCACUUGACCAAAUCUUGGAAAUCCUUUUGACCGCCAUCACCUCUGAUCCAGAAGUCCAAACCGUGAUGGAGUACCUCUCGGGAGAAGAAUUCCACGGAAUCCUUCUCAGUAUCAAGAACGAUCCUGAAUUCGAUGGUUUGAUUGCCUUCUGUUGUCAAGAAUUGUACCUCGAUGCUGCCUACUACAUCAACUUCCUCCUCGGUAUCCUCGGAUUCCCUGAAAUCCGUUCAGACCGUGCCUACCGUGCUGGUGGAUUGAACGGCAUGUUGGACGAAAUCCUCGCCCUUAUUCCACUCGAUGCUUUAGAAGCCCUCCUUAACGAGAAAUUGGCCACCGACUACUACCUCCAAUUGGCCUUCAAGAAGAUCAACUCUGAUGAAUUCGGUGCCGUCAUUGAACGUCUCCAAUCCAACGUUGCCUACGUCGACAUGAAGGAUCGUCUCCGUGGUUUGGGAGUUGAUGUUGAUGGAAUUAUUGACUUCAUUAACAAGAUCUUCCAACGUCCCACAAUUGAUGUGGAGAAGAGGGAGCAGUGCCUAGAAGACUGUAAUACUGAGCCAACGGUAAAGCACGGCGGUGGCAGCAUCAUAGUGUGUGGAGCAAAGCGGUCCACUAGAAGUCAGUUUCAGUGUGUGAACCGAAUUCAAACAAACAUGAAGGUCCUUGCUUUGAUUUUAGCAGUUGUAGCCCUUUGCUCCGCCGCCCCUCGUGAAGAGGGUCCAGGAUGCCGUGCCCCAAAUGGUGGUGGUCUUGUUCCAGUCCUCGAAGAAUUCAUUGAUAUGGUCCCACUUGACCAAAUCUUGGAAAUUCUUUUGACCGCCAUCACCUCUGAUCCAGAAGUCCAAACCGUGAUGGAGUACCUCUCAGGAGAAGAAUUCCACGGAAUCCUUCUCAGUAUCAAGAACGAUCCUGAAUUCGAUGGUUUGAUUGCCUUCUGUUGUCAAGAAUUGUACCUCGAUGCUGCCUACUACAUCAACUUCCUCCUCGGUAUCCUCGGAUUCCCUGAAAUCCGUUCAGACCGUGCCUACCGUGCUGGUGGAUUGAACGGCAUGUUGGACGAAAUCCUUGCCCUUAUUCCACUCGAUGCUUUGGAAGCCCUCCUUAAUGAGAAAUUGGCCACAGACUACUACCUCCAAUUGGCCUUCAAGAAGAUCAACUCUGAUGAAUUCGGUGCCGUCAUUGAACGUCUCCAAUCCAACGUUGCCUACGUCGACAUGAAGGAUCGUCUCCGUGGUUUGGGAGUUGAUGUUGAUGGAAUUAUUGACUUCAUUAACAAGAUCUUCCAACGUUGAACACUGUAACUCAAAGAGUUGAGUACAAUCAAUGCUGUUUGAAUAAACAUUCUUAUGUAAUGUA